AUGAAAAAGUGGAAACAGUACCUUAUUUUGUUCGUUGUUGCUACCGCAGUUAUUUGGUUUCUUUACAAAUAUGUACAAAGAAAACUUUUCAAACGCAAACUGAAAAAGAAACUAAACGAUGAUCACAUUCCAAGUCCCCCAGCAACAUCGAAGUACGCUAAAGCCAAAAAGAACUACGGUGCUGAUAACAAUUUGAUAACCGAAAAGAAGAAUGGAUAUGUUUAUGUCACAGAAGUCGACAAUUCCGGGAAGAAGCUCUGGAAGUUCAAAUACAAGCCUCCAAAUUUCCAAGGGAAAUGA